UCUUUCUCUUUUUUUUUUCAUAAAAAAAAGAUGGCUGGGGGGAUUCAGGGAGGUGAUCAAAGUGUUAGCCUUGAUCUUCUUAAGCUGAAAAUGGCCAACUUUGCCAAGGAAAGGGACUGGGAUCAGUUCCACAGCCCUAGAAAUCUCCUCUUGGCCCUGGUGGGAGAAGUGGGAGAAUUAUCGGAGAUAUUUCAGUGGAAAGGGGAGGUCCCAAAAGGGUUACCCGAUUGGAAAGAAGAAGAGAAAGUUCACCUGGGUGAAGAACUAUCUGAUGUUCUGCUGUACCUCGUAAGGCUGUCCGAUAUCUGCGGCAUUGAUCUUGGGAAAGCUGCUCUGCGCAAAGUUGAACUGAAUGCAAUCAAGUACCCGGCUUCAAACACCAAGAAUGGCAUUGCAGAGAGUGGUUGAUCAUCAUUUAUGUCU